AUGAGCAUGGAUGGUGUCCAGUCGCUGAUGUUCGCUCUAACAUUUCAUCAUCAAAUUUGUGAUGCGCCAGUUUCAUUACCGGAGCCUACGUACCAAGCUGAUGAAUGGGCCAAGCGUGGCAAGAAUAUAUGGGAUGCAUAUAUGCUCCGCCACGACCCUAAAACAAUGCAAUGCAGUGGUGAUUAUGCAUCGCCUCCGAUAGAUUUUGAUGCGAUGACCGACAGACUUGCAUUUUGGAAAACUGAGCUCGAAGAACUGCGAGUGAACGCUUGA